GAUUGUAAAAUGACUGAUAAGGGUCACGUAUGUUUGCAGCUGGGACUAAUGAUUUACUGUUCACUUCUCAAAGGAACCAUCGGCGCAGAAGACAUUGUGUUCUUCACAUCCGGUGAAAAUGUCAAUCUGCCCUGUAAAAAUGCUCUUUCUGGCUGCACAUCAACUACAUGGAACUAUAACAGACAUUCAAAGACGGUUGAAUUGGUUGCUGGAGGGUCACUGAAGACAGACAUAAAGAGACGUGAGAGACUGAGUGUGGGCUCUGACUGCUCUCUGAACAUCAUGAACGCCACAAAAGAAGAUUAUGGAUCUUACAUCUGCCAACAAUAUGUGAAUGGAGAACAACAAGGAAAUUAUGUGCUUUUUUAUCUGACUGUUCUAAAUGUCUCUUCAUCACUCUCUCAGACUGAGAUGAGAGCAGGCAGAUCUGUGACUCUCAAAUGUAAACUGGAGUAUUCUGGAGUCUCUUGUGAUACUUUGUUCCGUACUGAAGGAUAUCUGGUGUGGGUGAAUCAGGCUGAAAGGAAUCUGGUGACAGACAACAGAUAUAAGAUAUUCUCCUCAAGUCCCUGUAUGAUCAGUCUGACUACAACACUCCUGAAUGAAGAUCACAACAAAGAGUGGAGAUGUCAGCUUACUCAGAACAAUCAACUGAAGACCUCAGCCUCAUUUACUGUCAAGUACACAGAUUCAGGCAGUGCAGUGACACCAGACAAUAAAACAGAAGUGAUCGCUGCUGUGGCUGCUGUGUUAGCUGCAUUAGCUGUGGUUUUUGUUGCUGUGUUUUUGGUGGUCUUCAAAAAAAGAGCUGGUAAUCUAAGACGGGCUGCCAACACUGAUGCCGGAGAUCUGAACCAACAUAAAGUAAGCUAUAAAACAAUCAACAUUGCGGUGAAGGACGAUGAAGGAGCAUAUGAAACAAUCCCCAUGUCCAUUCCUUCUGCGCACAAUGCUAAUGAACAGAAAGAUGAUGUGACCUACUCUGAGGUUAUUUCUUCUAACAAAGGAAACAAGCAAGUAAAACUGGACACUGAUCGUAGUAAUGAAACGGUGACUUACAUGACCAUCAGAGAAACUGAACGUGCACCUCAGGAUGGACUUUAUGCUACUGUGAAGAAAUAAACAUUUAAAGCAAAUCACCAGUUAUGCAAAUCAUCGCAUGACUUAAUAUGAUCCGCAAAUUAGCAUUUUUGCAACACUAUUGAGAUUUCGGUUUUUGUUAUUUGGAAGAAUUAUAUAUUAGAUUUACAGGCAAUAUGAAAUUCUAAAGUGCUUUUUACAGUAACUAUCAUUCCAAAGCAGCUUUACAAAAGGAUUACAAUUAAAAUCUGAGAGUUGAUUUAAGGUGUUGAGUAUAGGAAGGACAGUAUAUACAGUUAUGUCCAAUGGUAUUUGAACAUUGACACAAUUCUAACAUUUUUGGCUUUAUACACCAACACAAUCAAUUUGAAAUGAAACAAAGAUGUGCUUUAACUGCAGACUGUCAGCUUUAAUUUGAUAGUAUUUACAUCCAAAUUAGGUGAACGCUGUAGGAAUAACAACAGUUUGCAUAUGUGCCUCCCACUUGUUAAGGAUCCAAAAGUAAUGAGACAGAAUAAUAAUCAUGAAUCAAACUUUCACUUUUUAAUACUUGGUUGCAAAUCCUUUGCAGUCAAUUAGAGCCUGAAGUCUAAAGCUGACAGUUAAAGCACAUCUUGCUUGUUUCAUUUCAAAUCCAUUCUGUUGGUGUAUAGAUCCAAAACUGUUAGAAUUGUAUCAAUGUCUGAAUAUUUAUGGAGCUAAUUGUAUGUAUGUAUUAUUAAACGUGUGACUUUCUGAAUCGAUCUCUCUCUUUUGUCUAUCGCAAUGCUGUAUUCAUACCAUAUAUACUGAGUGUAAGAUGGGAC